AUGGGUAAUUGGUCUACUCUUCCAAGCGGGGGGGCCCUGUACGUCUCGGAGGAGGUGGACAGUCCCCGCAGCUCGGGUUCCAAUUGGCCGCCGUGGCUGACACCGCUGGCGAACGACGUCUCCUCCUGUCGUAGUGAAACUCUGCAACGUCGCUUCGACCGCGCGUGUCCUGGAGAUGGACUCGAACCGACCGCCUCUGGGAUCGCACGCCCACUCUUCAUGGUGGACAACGGCGCGGACGACUGGCGCAUCGCCAUGACGUGGGAGCGCAUCUUCUUCAUCGCCCUCGAGCUGUCGAUCUGCGCGGUGCACCCCGUGCCGGGCCACUACACGUUCACGUGGCGCGCCCGGCUCGCCUUCACGCACGACGCCUCGCAGGUGGAGGCCGACGUCGACAUCGUCCUCUCCAUCCCCAUGUUCCUGCGCCUCUACCUGAUCGCGCGCGUCAUGCUGCUGCACAGCAAGCUGUUCACGGACGCGUCGUCGCGAAGCAUCGGCGCCCUCAACAAGAUCAACUUCAACACGCGCUUCGUCAUGAAGACGCUCAUGACCAUCUGCCCCGGCACCGUGCUGCUCGUCUUCAGCAUCUCGCUGUGGAUCAUCGCCGCGUGGACGGUGCGCGCGUGCGAGAGGGUCCCUCUGAAGGCGAUCGAGCGGGAGCUCACGUGCCCCAUGUGCAAGGAGCUGUACGCGACGCCGCUCCUGCUGCCGUGCCAGCACAGCGCCUGCCGCGCCUGCAUCAAGGACGCACUGCUACUGCUGGGACGCGGAUCGAGCCCAGGGGGGGCUCCCUUCCAGGCGCUGGCCCAGGAAGAGCAGCACGGAUCUCAGCACUCCUCUCCCGGCCUGACGCCCACCCACAGCCCCCGGGGGCCCAAGUCGCCCGCCUCAGGCCCCUCGCCGUGCAGCCCGGGCUCUGCCGCGGCGUCUCCCGUCGGCCUGGCGGGGCCCCUGCCGCACGCAGACCGCGGGGAGGCCAACAGCAGGGCCCAGCGGCCCGUGCGUCUGACGAGGGAGCGCUCCUUCUGGAAGUCAGGCUACGCGACCUACCCCGGCCACCGCCGCACCCCCCCGCCGAGCCCGCGCCCCCCGUCCGCCUUCCCCUGCCCCGUGUGCCAGCGCGACGUGGAGCUGGGCGAGCGAGGACUCGCCUCGCUCUGCCGCAACUUCGCGCUCGAGGGGGUCGUGGAGCGCCACCGGGUGGCGCGGGGGGGCGCCAUCCCGUGCCAGGCGUGCCGCCCGGCGGGGGCGGCGGCGGCGUCCCGCGCCGCCACCAAGAGCUGCCUCGACUGCAAGAGCAGCUUCUGCAAGGCGUGCUUCAAGCUGCAGCACCCGUGGGGCACGCCGCGCGCGCAGCACGAGUUCGUGGCGCCCACCACCAGCUUCAGGCCCAAGGUGCUGCUGUGCCCGGAGCACGAGGCGGAGCGGGUGACGGUGUACUGCGAGGUGUGCCGCCGGCCCCUGUGCCACCUGUGCAAGCUGGGGGGCGCCCACAGCAACCACAAGAUCUCAUCCAUCACCAACGCCUACCGCACGCUCAAGGACAAACUCUCCAAGAGCGUCGCCUACCUCGUCAGCAAGGAGCCCGAGGUGCGCGCUCGCAUGGACGACAUCGACGACUGCAUGCGGCAGGUGGAGCGGCCGGGGUGGACAGAGAUCGAGUGA